GGCUCAAUCGGUGGCCCUGUGCUGUGGAACCUCCUGUUGGACCCACUCCUGAAAAGUCUGGACACCCAAAAAGUGUACUGUCAGGCAUUCGCAGACGAUGUUGUCCUUGUUUUCGACGGAGACACGGCGUUGGAAAUUGAAAACCGGGCCAAUGCGGCUCUCGAACAUGUUCAGGAAUGGGGUAUCAAUAACAAACUGAAGUUCGCACCACAAAAAACUAAAGCUAUGGUCAUUACAAGGAGAUUGAAAUAUGAUAUCCCACGGCUGAACAUGGGCGGGACAGUCAUUCCCAUGUCUGAAGACAUUAAGAUUCUAGGGGUAACCGUCGACAACAAGUUGACAUUUAACGCGCACGUCUCGAAUGUUUGCAGAAGAGCGAUUGAGGUGUAUAAACAACUAGCCAGAGCAGCCAGGGCCAGUUGGGGUCUACACCCCGAGGUCAUUAAAUUAAUAUAUACCGCCACCAUAGAGCCCAUAGUCUUGUACGCCGCCAGUGUAUGGGUAUCGGCAGUCGCCAAACUGGGCGUAAUUAAACAAUUAGCCGCUGUGCAGAGGGGAAUUGCACAAAAGGUAUGCAAAGCGUAUCGCACCGUAUCUCUUAACUCAGCUCUGAUCCUAGCGGGUAUGCUCCCCCUAGACCUCCGAGUUCGUGAGGCGGCCUCAUUAUACGAAGCCAAGAAGGGACAACUGCUGCCGGGACUGGCUGACGCGGAGAUUGAGCAAAUGACACCUUUUGCAGAGAUGCCACACCCCGUGGAACGUGCGGAUCUGCAGAUAGUCUGCUUGGAGGACCAAGAACAAGUCGACGGUAACAGCGACUACGACGAAUGUAUUUUUACAGACGGAAGUAAAAUCGGAGGCAAAGUGGGGGCCGCGCUGUCGAUUUGGAAAGGGGACACAGAGACUAAGACCCGCAAACUUGCCCUGUCAAACUACUGCACGGUCUACCAAGCAGAGCUGCUGGCACUGUGUGUGGCGACGACGGAAGUCAGGAAGAGUAAAAGCAAAUCUUUUGGAGUUUAUAGCGAUUCCAUGUCGGCCCUCCAAACCAUAACAAACUAUGAUAGCCCCCAUCCACUGGCAGUCGAAGCUAGACAAAAUAUUAAAGCCUCGUUACUCCAAGGCAAGGCUGUCACCUUGCAUUGGAUAAAAGCUCACGCAGGGCUGAAGGGCAAUGAGAGGGCCGACGGACUUGCAAAGGAAGCCGCUGAAAACUCCAGGAAAAGACCAGACUACGAUCGCUGCCCGAUCUCAUUCGUCAAGCGAAGCCUACGAAUGACCACGCUUGAGGAAUGGAACCGGCGCUAUACAACUGGCGAGACGGCAUCCGUCACUAAGUUGUUUUUCCCAGAUGCAUUGGUGGCGUACAGAAUAGUGAGAAAGAUACAGCCCAGUAACAUACUCACACAAAUCAUGACGGGGCAUGGCGGGUUCUCGGAAUACUUAUGUCGGUUUAAGUGUAAAGAGAGCCCGUCAUGCAUUUGCGACCCAGCAGUGAAAGAAACCGUUCCUCAUGUGCUGGUGGAAUGUCCCAUCUUUGCACAGGCUAGACAUGACAUCGAGCAAAAGCUGGACGUAAAAAUUGGACUUGACACGCUGCAUGAAAUAAUAAUAGACACAAAUAGAAAUCAGUUUUUGAAAUACUGCAUAGCUAUCAUUGGAAUAGUAAUAAAAAGAAAUAAAUAG